AUGACCGAACAAAUAUGCGGUGUGGUGUCACAUUCGAAAAUUGUCGUCUUACCCACCUACAACCUUUUAUUUUUAUCUUCAACAAACCAAAAAUUCCAUUCAAUCGCCAAUCUUCAUACCACACAAAUUCAUUCCACUAAAAAAAUCCAAUCUUUUUAGUCAAAUCAUCGGUUUUUUGCCUCACAAUCUUCCCCUUAUUGCUUAUCCUUCACCCUUAAUCAACACCCACAAUUCCUGCCGCCAUUUCCGUUCUCAAUUCCAUGGUUUUCCCUCCAACUUUGACCCUAAAUUGAGUAAAUUCUCUCUUGUUUCUUUCUUUUACUUGUUCUUGCAAAUGGGUUCUGUUUAUAAUCUUGUUUCUUUUAUGAAUUUAGUUUCUGUUAAUAAAAGCCCUAAUUUCACACCCCCAAAAGUUUAUGGAAUCAGUUUUGUUAGUUCUUGCUCUAGGGUUUCAAUCAAGAACAGAAAUAUUAUGUAUAAUAGUAUGAGAAAUAUUAUGUAUAAUGGUGAAUUUAGGUGUUGUAAGGCGGUAGAGUUGGAUAGUGUUGUGACAAGUGAUGAUGAGGAUGAAAUGAGUGAGGGUUUUUUCGAGGCGAUUGAGGCGUUAGAGACGAUGACAAGAGAACCGUCUGAUGUUCUUGAGGAAAUGAAUUCUAGGUUGUCUGCUAGAGAGUUGCAGCUAGUGUUGGUGUAUUUUGUUCAAGAGGGUAGGGAUUCGUGGUGUGCGUUAGAGGUUUUCGAGUGGUUGAAGAAGGAGAAUAAGGUCGAUGAGGAAACGAUGGAGCUUAUGGUGUCGUUGAUGUGUGGUUGGGUUAAGAAGUUGAUUGAAGGGAAGCAUGAGAUUGAGGAUGUGAUUGAUCUUCUUGUGAAUAUGGAGUGUGUCGGGUUGAAACCGAAUUUUAGUAUGAUUGAGAAGGUGAUAUCGUUGUAUUGGGAUUUGGGUGAGAAAGAUGCGGGUGUUUUGUUUGUGAAAGAGGUUUUGAGGAGGGGGAUUGGGCGUGAAGAGGGUGAACAACGUGGACGUAAAGGGGGGCCCACCGGAUAUCUUGCUUGGAAGAUGAUGGAGGAUGGUAGUUACAGAGAUGCAAUUAAGCUCGUAAUCGAAAUUAAAGAAUCCAAUCUAAAACCAGAGGUUUACAGCUAUCUAAUCGCCAUGACGGCUGUCGUCAAAGAACUCAACGAAUUCAGCAAAGCUUUACGCAAGUUAAAAUCCUUCACAAAAACCGGUUUAAUUUCAAACCUAGACGCAGAAGACACACUCCUCAUCCAAAAUUACCAAACCACCCUUCUAUCAGACGGGGUCCGCUUAUCCAAUUGGGUGAUCGAAGAGGGCGGACCGUCAUUUCACGGGGUGGUUUACGAACGUCUUUUAGCCAUGUACAUCUGUGCGGGCCGCGGGCCCGAAGCCGAACAACAAUUAUGGAAAAUGAAGUUAAUCGGAAAAGAACCCGACGCAAACCUUUACGACAUCGUGUUAGCCAUUUGUGCGUCACAAAAAGAAGUAAAAUCUAUUUCACGACUGCUUACGAGAAUGGAGGUCACGAGUUUAUUAAAUAAAAAGAAAACGUUAACGUGGUUAUUACGGGGUUAUAUCAAAGGUUCUCAUUAUGAAGAUGCAGCCGAAACGGUAUCUAAGAUGCUUGCUUUGGGUGUGUAUCCCGAAUUUCUUGAUCGGGCUGCGGUUUUGCAGGGGUUAAGGAGAAGAAUUAACCAAACCGGAAAUGUGGAAGUUUAUUUUAACCUUUGCAAGCAGUUAUCGGAUGCGGGUUUGACUGGACCAUGUCUUAUAUAUAUGUAUAUAAAGAAGUAUAAGCUUUGGGUGAUCAAAAUGCUUUAAAUUUGUAAACUGUAAGUGACUUUUGUAGUGCAAGGUGAUAUUGUCAUCAUGUAUAUGUAUGUAUAUGUAUAAUGUGUAUAGAGCUAAUAAUUCGUGUCGGUUGUAGUUAAGAUGUUGAUAUAUGUUCCAAUGUGUAUCUUAUGAUUCGAUUUGUCGAAGUUGUUUCAAUUUGGAUCAAUGAUUGUCAUAUGCU